AUGAUCGUUCCAUGAUAUGAUAAAGGGAUUACCUUUGACAUUCACUGUUGAUGCUUAACUGCAACUCGCGAGGCCAAAUCUAAUCGGAACUUUGGUAGGCCAGAUCGAGGUCACUAGUUCUCGACAUGCUCCAAAAUGGUGUAUCUCGUGGUAGAGGUUCUCGACUACAACCAAACACAGGAAAAAUUGGACAAGGGAAUGUUGGAACAGUUAAACAACUAAACCGACAACGCCGCGCACCAGACAGGGGUAACGACCAGGAACUCACCGAUGGGUCCCUCGCACAGCCCCACAAAAACUAUAACAGGAUAAGACAAGAUCGUAUGGGGCAAUCGCUUGCACAACAUUCUCUUCAGACCUCUGCAAAUCCCCGCGAUGUAGAUGCCCACACCUCCAUUCAAGAUCCUCGAUCAUCCGGUUCCGGGGUCCGUUCCCAAGCGGUUCAACGCCCAGGAAGACCAAAUCUUCGUACGAUGUCCCCUCGCCGCGACGCAGAACACAAAGUGGGUGAACAAGCAAUGUCAAGGGUGCAACGAGAAAGCCAGCGUGGUGUACUGCCAGCAACGACUGGCCUUCGUGGGGCCCCUCGACGGAUGAGAUCUGGUGGGCAGAGGGUAGUAGGUGGGUUUGUAAGGAAGGAGCCGGGCAAUCGCGGUUUUGCGGAUCGCAAAUCCAGGGCUUUAACUUUGGCUGAUACGGCAUCUACUGGCUCUGGUAACCGUCGCAGAGGUGUAGCUAGUCCAGGUGCCGCACUGGGUAACGAAAUGAGCCAACGUUCGACAAGUCGAGAUGGAAGUGGUGGAAAGAGAGUUGUUAAUAGACGUAUAUCGAAUAGCGAAAAGUCACCAGAGCGGCCAACUGGUGCACGACCAAGAAGCGUACGACGAUGCUCUUUGAUGGGAUCAGAUAGAGAGAUGGCGGAAUCUGCUUGUACGGCGGCAUCGGUUUCACGCAAGGCCUCCAUCGCGGCAGCGAGAAGUCGUCGAGAUACUCGACGUGCUUCAGAGUUCCCCACGUCUUUACCAGGCAGCGCAACACGCCGUGCCAGUAUUCGGCCGGCGGAUAACAAAGAUGUUGGUGGUGGGUGGAACAAGUUCAUCUCCGAGAGAGCAAAGCCCGUUCCAACGUACACACCAAGUAUUAUGCAUGACGCCAGCGCCCCAGCCGCUGAAGGCGAUAAGCAAAAGAGACCGAUCAGGAGGCGUGGGGUUCCAGUGCGAGGAAAAAGAGUACGUGCAGAUCUGGUAAAGAAAACAAAGGAAACCAUUGAAAGCAAGACAUCAAAACCAUCCGAAAUCAAGAGUGGAAAAGUAGCUACCGUAGACCAGGAAAGAGCUAGGCAAUUGAUUGCUUUAUUGUCGGGGGCGACGUAUGAGUUUGUGGGUACGACCGAGACCGCACGACCUAGCCAAGCAUCCACGGAGUCGACCGAGAAAACCGAAUGGCUCAAGGCUAAUAGGAGAAAGUCGGCUGACAGGGGAGGAGGAGACCAGUCUUCUUCUGAUAAAUCCAAGCAGAAGAUGGGCCAGGAUUCUAGUCAAAAAAGACGGGGCUCGAAAGGAGGAGAACAGACCAAAUCUGAUAAAAGAGCUGGAGCAAUCAAAUCCGAGAGUGGCCAUAAAAAACCAGCAAAAGAGGGAGGGCAGGACGGCAAGACAGUCAAACCAACCAAACCCCGCAAAGAAAAGGCACAUGCAUCAGAUGCGGCAGGAUCAGACCAGACUUCACAAAAGCUUUCCACUCCUCUUAUUCUCCCUCCAUUAGUCCUAGGAGAUGAGAGCCAACGCAGCACAGUUUUCAAAAAUCGGCCCGUAACGGCCAUCACGGAAGAAGAGGAAGAAGCCGAGAUUGCCGCACUACUAGCUCAAGCCAAGGAACUCCAGUUGGCCAAACAGCUUCUGGAACCUAAUACCACCCUUCCGAUUGAUUCAUCCAUUAGUGCCCCACCCAUUUUCCGUAUGCCGUUCCAAACGUGGGGUAUAAGAAGACCGCAGCAUCUUCCUUCAUCACGUCCACCACCCCUGCAUCAGCAGCCAAAGUACACAUACAAGACGUACAUGGAUAACCUAAUGCAUCCAAAUAUACUCUUACCCCCUUUCCAGAUGCCACCCAUUAAGCAGAUUUUGUAUGGUCCGUAUGAAGAGCAGCUUUGGCGGCUGUUUUAUGGACAGGCUGGUUGGAUUUCUUUGGAAGAGCUGCGUCAGAUGAGCGAUGCAAGGGGGAUCUUGCUUCCGAUGCCUUUGGCAUGUCCGGUUGUACCAGUCACCGACGGAGGUUAGAGAUAUUUUGAAAGAUCCCCGGUCAUCAUACUAGAGUCGCAAUAGUUAGGAAAGGAUGUAUAUAGCAUAUAUAGACAAGCUCAUGUCUAGAUCUCCUAAAAUACAGCGACUAGUAUUUUCCGC